AUGUACAAAAUGGAUUACUCGUACCUCAACUCCUACGACUCCUGCAUGGCGGCCAUGGAGGCCUCGGCGUACGCGGACUUCAGCUCCUGCAGCCAAGCCAACACCUUCCAGUACAACCCCAUCCGGAGCAGCUUCGGGGCCAACCCGGGCUGCCCUCCCCUCAGCACGGCCAACUGCACCCUGGGCGCCCUCCGCGACCACCAGCCUUCGCCUUACGCCACAGUUCCCUACAAGUUCUUCUCGGACCCGUCCACCAUCAACGAGAAAAGGAAGCAGCGCAGGAUCCGGACCACUUUCACCAGUUCACAGUUGAAGGAGCUGGAGAGAGUCUUUGCAGAGACCCACUACCCAGACAUCUACACCCGAGAAGAGCUGGCCCUCAAAAUCGACCUCACCGAAGCCAGAGUGCAGGUUUGGUUCCAGAACCGCCGUGCCAAGUUCCGCAAGCAGGAGCGGGCAGCCAAUGCCAAAGGGCAGAAUGGCGGUGGCGGCAGCAGUGGCGGCGGCGGCGGCAGCGGCACCUCGGCCAACAAGAAGCCUGACCCCCGCUCCUCUUCGGAGGAUGACGAGUCCAAGGAGUCCAACUGCAGCCCAACCCCGGACAGCACGGCCUCUCUGCCCACAACUGCCCACCUGAACAGUCCUGGGGGCAGCCUGAGCCCGAGCCCUGGCACAGGGGGGCAAGGCAUGGGGCCCAGCCAUGCCCCCCAGGCCCUCAAGGCCCCCCUGUGGGCUGGCGUGAGCACCAGCAACGGUGCCACCAACACCGCCGACCUCCUGAAGGCCUGGCAGCCGGCUGAAGCCAUGCCUGGGCCUUUCUCCGGGGUCCUCUCCUCAUUCCACAGGAAGCCGAACCCCCUCAAGGCAAACCUCUUCUAACUGGCUGGAACUGAGGGCCACAAAAGUUGCCCGCUGCACUGGGCGC